AUGACUGAGACAGCACCCGCCGAAACGGCCCCUCCAGCCGCACCCGCCGCCGCAAAGAAGACUCCCAAGAAGAAGGCGACUGCCCGGAGCAAACCAACCGGUCCCUCGCUGGGCGAACAGAUCGAUAAGAUCGUGGCGGGUUGUCACGAUAGGAAGGGUAUGUCCGGUGCGGCCAUCAUGAAGGCUCUGGCCGACAGCGGUGUCGAUGUGGCGAAACGUCGCCACCAGGUCAAAAUGAGCAUCAAGAGGAAAGUGGAAAGCGGCUCCUUGGUUCAGGCCAAGGGCUCGGGUAUUUCGGGAUCCUUUAAAUCCGGUAAAGGGAAAACUGCCGUGAAGGUGGUGAAGAAAGCGAACAAGCCAGCGGCAAAGAAAUCUCCCAGCAAGAAGCUUGGCGCCAAGAAACCAGCGGCUAAAAAAGCAGGAGCAAAGAAACCAGCGACUAAAAAAGCGGCAGCAAAGAAACCAGCGGCUAAGAAAGCGGCAGCAAAGAAACCAGCGGCUAAGAAAGCGGCAGCAAAGAAACCCGCGGCUAAGAAAGCGGCGCCGAAGCCCAAGAGCCCCAAGAAAGCUGCAGCCCCGAAGACGAAGGCGGCCAAGAAGCCGAAGUCGAAAUCCUCGAAACCCAAGAAAACAGCCGUCAAAAAGUGA